CAUCCUUCUUCAACACUCCAAUCUUCAAGAACCAAAAAAAAAAAAAGAUGAAGAACCACACCACCCUUUUUCUCCUCUCAAUAAUCUCCUAUCUCCUCAUCGCCACACAAGCAAGAAAACAAAUCCCCACAGCCGCCGCCGCUGCCGGAAAAUCAUGGGUCCGUACCAUCGUCCGAGGCAGCGAGAACAUAACACAGCUCCAUUUCUACAUCCACGACGUCCGAGCAGGUGAAAACGCCACCUUAUACCGCGUGGCCAACUCCUCCAUCACCGCCACCUCCCCCACCAGCUUCGGCUCGGUCAACGUCUUCGACGACCUCAUCACCGCGGAGCCCGACAUAAACGGCGAGCAAGUCGCCCGGGCGCAGGGCACCAGCACCUCCGCGGACCUCGUAAACCAGGCCGUCGCCAUCAACAUGAACUUCUACAUAACGUCGGGAGAGUUCAGCGGGAGCACGGUGAGCAUUGCGGGAAGGAAUCCCGUGACAGAGGCGUCGCGCGAGCUGCCGGUGAUUGGAGGCACUGGAGCCUUCCGAUUCGCCCGGGGAUAUGCCGUUACGACUACUUAUUUGCACGAUUCGGAGGCGAAUUAUAGCAUUCUUGAGUAUACGGUUUAUGUCACGUACUCAAAUGUCGCACUAUGGAGUGGCAUGUAAAAUAUUUAUACUUAUAUAUAUAUGUUGGCAUAACAAGCAUUGUAUUAUCAAUGUCUUAUUAAUAAGGUUUAAUCCUUUGGUUUCGGUCA